UUGAUGUUCGCCUCCUCCUAAUCAGAUCGCGGUCCUCAAAUCUUGCGUGUCCUUUCAACGAGCAGCAUCAACGUUAAUUGAGAAGAAUCUGUUGAUAAGGCCGACAGCGGCUUACGUGGUUUUAGCAGCACCUAACCCCCGGGGACCUCGAUGCAGCGACUAGCGCUCCUUUUGCUCUGUGCCCUGUCGGGCUUAACGAUUCAUCCGAUUUACGCUGGACCGGAAGAGAACGAAGGCGUCAAGUAUGCGGACCGUUGUGAGGCGUGCAAAGUGCUGGCCACCGAGUUGCAGGCCCGUCUUUCAGAAACCGGCCGUUCUCGCGACGUGAUAGAACUCGGGUAUUCGCUGGAUGAUGUGAAGCCAAAAAAGCGCACCGAGUACCGGCGCAGCGAACUGCGGUUGGUGGAUACGCUCGAGAACGUUUGCGAGCGCAUCCUCGAGUACAACAUCCAUAAGGAGCGCAAGGACAGUACACGGUUCGCGAAAGGCAUGUCGCAAACGUUCCAAACGCUGCAUGGUCUGGUAGACAAGGGCGUAAAGGUCGAUCUGGGCAUCCCGUACGAGCUGUGGGACAAACCGUCGGCUGAGAUAACGCAGAUGAAGACGCAGUGCGAAUCGCUGAUCGAGGGGUACGAGUAUGUGAUCGAGAAGUGGUACUUUGAGAAGCAGGACGAGAAACCGCUGAUUGAGUACCUGUGCGUGGACAAUGUGCUGAAGAACAAAAAUACCCAGUGUCUCAAUGAGACGUUGGAGGAUAGCGAGAAGAAGAAGGAUAAGGAGCAGGAACAGGAGAAGAAAGCGGAGAAAAAGAAAUCAAAGAAGAAGAAGCAGAAGAAGCAGGACAAAGAAGAGCUGUGAAUCCCAAUCUUGAAUAGAACCAUGACCACGUGGUGUGUAAUGAGCCUCAGCAACCGACGAACAAAAGCGAACAAGAAAGGUGUUUUGUUUGGUCGCAUUUUUGGCUGGAAAAUUCAUCUUCCAGCGGCCAAAAAACAAGUGAAAAACCGAUCUACCCCAGUGCCAGGCGUGCGAGAAGUGGAAAAGUUGGCCGUGCCGACGUUUUCAACUGGAAAACUAGAUCGAAAAAGUGCACAGUGUCAAGAAGGAACUGGUGGUGGAAGAGAAGAGGUCAAGAGACGAGGAGCUGCUCCCACUCCUCCUUCCCGUCUUCGUCUUGGGCCCAUGGAGUAUCGGAGAGAAAAUUCUUGCGGGUGAUUCGGUGUUUGACAAAGGCCAAAAAGUGAAACAAAUUGAACAGGAGGAGGACGCGUGUUGUUUGCGCAGAUUGUGUCGAUUUUUAUUUUUUGGUGGGGAGGUGGUGGUGUAUGCAGAUCGAUUGUGCCGUGAAAAAUCGGGAAAUUCCGUGCCGGAAGGAAUAAUCCGUGGUCGAAUAAUCCGAGAGAAUCCGUGCUCCCGAAAAUCGUGCCGCGGGGCCGAGGGGAAGAAACGCGGAGUAUGGAAUUGUGCGUGUCGUAAUGGAUGCGACGAGCGGUGGUGGGUGUUGGAUAAUUAACGCUAGAAGAACACAACAACACGGCGUUGGCGACGGCGGCUGCGGCCACUCGACAGCGCCACCGAAAUCAACCACGGCCACGACAACGGCGACGACGCUGGUAUACGGCGACGGCGACGGUGACGGCGGAUUGCUGCAACCACGGAGACGACGACGGCGGCGGUGCAACAGCAGCGGCACUUCUUGUGGUCGCGGUGCUGCGCGUACGGAAGGAAAAGCAAAAUUCAUCUCCACCUCCUCCUCCUUCUGCUGUGCGACCGCUCUGCUGGUCCUGUGAGCGAGAUAAAGGAAGCCAAGAACCAAUAACUAGCGCGCGCAUGCUAGAAAGAGAGCAACGGAAGGAAGAGGUACGUGCGGUGGUGGUG